AUGAUAAGAAAACAAGCAAGAGAAAGAAGAGAAUACUUGUAUCGCAAGGCUCAGGAGCUCCAGGAUGCCUCCUUGGUUGAAAAACGAUUCAAGUUGAAAAAGGCCUUGGAGUUAGGAAAACCCUUGCCCAGGGAAAUAGCCGACGAUGAAAAAUUGAAAAAAGACUUUAUAUAUGACGAAUCAAUUCAGGACCAGUCCUUAAUAGACGACGAAUACUCUCUCUCUAGUGGAAUUGUCGAGCCUAAGAUAAUAAUCACAACCUCCAGAGACCCUUCCACAAAGCUAUCUCAGUUCAGCAAAGAAGUCAAAUUACUUUUCCCAAAUUCAAUAAGACUAAACAGAGGUAAUUACAUCAUGUCCAGUCUUGUUAACGCUUGCAAAGCUGCAAAUGCCACAGAUAUAAUCAUAUUACACGAACAUCGUGGUGUUCCAACCUCAUUAACUGUCUCCCACCUUCCUCAUGGUCCAACUGCUUUCUUUUCUUUGCACAAUGUCGUAUUGAGACACGAUAUCCCCAACGCCUCAAAUCAAUCCGAAAAGUAUCCCCAUCUAAUCUUUGAAAAUUUCACUUCAAAAUUAGGUGUGAGAGCUACAACUAUUCUAAAAAACUUGUUUCCUCCAGGUGUCAAACCCGAUAGCAACAGAUUAAUAACCUUUAAUAACGAUGGUGAUUUCAUAAACGUAAGACAGCAUACCUAUAUCAAAAGUAGAAAUGAUCUAGAAAUACAAGAAAUUGGUCCAAGAUUUGAAAUGCGAUUGUAUGAAUUAAGAUUAGGUACCCUAGACAAUAAAGAUGCAGAUGUUGAAUGGCAGUUGAGAAGAUUUGUUCGUACUGCUAAUAGAAAAGAUUAUCUUGCUGAUUGA